AUGAGCAAGUUGAGCUAUUCAGCAUUAUGGAGCUGAGCCUUGGCAAUUGGCCACUUCCAGUUUUGGUACUUGGUCAAUACUACAGUCCAGCUUUGGGGCUUUUCCCCAUGAAUAUAUGGCUUUGAUCCUAAGAAUGCAAGAGCAAUUAACUUAUCAGCCAAUGGCAUAUUUCUGAUCAUGACUGCAAUAGGUGGAGGGUUCUCAUGGAAACUCUCAAGAUACGGAAAGAGAAAAGCAUUAAUUAUUUCAGCAAUACUUUGUUUCUUUGGAAGCUUCAUCCUCUACAUUGGGUCUAUAUAUGCGAUGAUCAUUGGGAGAAUAAUCAUCGGACUUGGGCUUGGAAUCACAAGCACGGUAGCUCCUUUGUUUAUAAAUGAAAUAUCAUCUCCAAAGUAUAAAGAAUGCUGCAUCGUGACUAUCCAAUUUUGGUACAGAUUUGGUCUUUUGAUAUCAUUACUAUUAAAUUUUCUCUUGCCAAAUGCUGAUGACUUUGAUUUAAAUCAAGGAAACGAUGCAAGCUCUAUCACCAAAACGAGUUUAAUAUUGCUGUUUUACACAAAAAUGCCUGCAAAUAAAAUUUCAGAGAAUUGAGCAUAUUAUUCAGAGAUUGAUAUUAGAUGGAGAGAGUUUAUGAUUCCAAUCACUCUAGUUCCAGUUAUCCAAAUUUUAUUGCUAUUAUUAAUCUUCAAAAGAGAAAAUCCUGCCUAUGCGAAGGAUUGAGAAAACUCCUUUACUUCUAUCGGGUCUUGAGAUAGCACAGACAAUCUUGCAAGAUCUGCUAUCAAUUAUGAGGAAGAACUCCAACAAUCAAGUGCAAAAGAAAUCACUCUUUUAGAAAUUGAUACUUGGGAAAAUUUGUGGAAGUACCCUGAGAGGAAGAAAAUUAUAGCUUCUUUAAUCAUAAAAGGCUUCCAACAACUAAUUGGGAUUAAUCUAGUCUUAAAUUACGGUCUUUCGUUUGUGUAUGACUCGAGAUUCCCAAAUAUUAAUCUCUCUUUUACACUGAUAUGAGCGUCAUUUUUAUUCAUGAUCCCCUCAAUAUUUAUGCUCAAGAAAUUUGGAAGGAAAAAUCUGUUAUUAGCGGCGCUUAUCAUUGCAUGCUUUUGAUGCUGAAUCCUAUUCCAACUGACAGACAGCUUAACUUUAGUAAAUGACAAUGUUCCGAUAUUUGAAAGUAUGGUAAAUUUGUCUUCAGCCAUUUUCAUUUGGGUUUACUCCAUCUCAUUUACAUUAAAUUUUUCCUCUACUCCGAUCCUAUAUUGUGCAGAAACAUUGACAGAUAAAGGAAUGAGCAUUGUUAUGGCUUUCCAAUGGGCCAUAAUAGCAUUCAUGACCUCUCUGCCUUCUAUCGUGAUGGAAGUGGUUGAGCGCAUCCAAGGGAGGGCUUCAUUCAGAAUGGUCAAUUCAUUCCUAUUCUUUAUAUUUAGUGGAGCCUCAAUGCUUGGAUUCUUCUGUGCAUUUCUCUAUGUUGUGGAGACCAAGGGGAAGUCUAAGAAACAGCUAUCAAAAGACUUCAGAAAGGAUAUGUUUUGAUUCCAAAAUUCUCUCUUGAGAUCAGGAUUCAAAGAAUAACAAAUAAUUUCGAAUCACUAAUAUGCUGAUGUAUUUAAUUUCGAAGUAGAGAAGCUUAUAAAAGAUGUUUAGAGCUUUAUUAGUUAAUAGUUUCA